CGCCUGCGCGUUGGAUUCCGGAAGGUGGUGCUUCAGGCCGCGGGACAGCGCGGCAGCGUCUCUUCGAAGGGGAGCCGGGAGUUUUCGCCACCGUUGUCGCCGCCAUGAGUCGCAGCUAUAAUGAUGAGCUGCAGUUCUUGGAAAAGAUCAAUAAAAACUGCUGGAGAAUCAAGAAGGGCUUCGUGCCUAACAUGCAGGUUGAAGGAGUUUUCUACGUGAAUGAUGCUCUGGAAAAAUUAAUGUUUGAGGAAUUAAGGAAUGCCUGUCGGGGUGGUGGUGUCGGUGGCUUCCUGCCAGCCAUGAAGCAAAUUGGCAAUGUGGCAGCCCUGCCUGGGAUUGUUCAUCGAUCUAUUGGACUUCCCGAUGUCCAUUCAGGUUAUGGGUUUGCUAUUGGGAAUAUGGCAGCCUUUGAUAUGAAUGACCCUGAAGCGGUGGUGUCCCCAGGUGGCGUCGGCUUUGACAUCAACUGUGGUGUGCGCUUGCUAAGAACCAAUUUAGACGAAAGCGAUGUCCAGCCUGUGAAGGAGCAGCUCGCCCAGGCUAUGUUCGACCACAUUCCUGUCGGCGUAGGAUCAAAAGGGGUGAUCCCCAUGAGUGCCAAAGACUUGGAGGAGGCCUUGGAGAUGGGAGUGGACUGGUCCCUGAGGGAAGGCUAUGCCUGGGCUGAGGACAAGGAGCACUGUGAGGAGUAUGGAAGGAUGUUGCAGGCCGACCCCAACAAGGUCUCCGCAAGGGCUAAGAAGAGAGGCCUCCCUCAGUUGGGGACCCUGGGAGCAGGCAACCACUAUGCAGAAAUCCAGGUUGUGGAUGAGAUUUUCAAUGAGUACGCAGCUAAGAAAAUGGGCAUCGACCAUAAGGGACAGGUGUGUGUGAUGAUCCACAGUGGAAGCAGAGGCUUGGGCCACCAAGUAGCCACAGAUGCACUGGUAGCUAUGGAAAAAGCCAUGAAGAGAGACAAGAUUAUAGUCAACGACCGGCAGUUGGCUUGUGCUCGGAUUGCUUCCCCAGAGGGUCAGGACUACCUGAAGGGCAUGGCAGCUGCUGGGAACUACGCCUGGGUCAACCGCUCCUCCAUGACGUUCCUAACCCGUCAGGCUUUUGCCAAGGUCUUCAACACAACCCCUGACGACUUGGACCUGCAUGUGAUCUAUGACGUUUCCCACAACAUUGCCAAAGUAGAGCAGCACGUGGUGGACGGAAAGGAACGGACGCUGUUGGUUCACAGGAAGGGAUCCACCCGAGCUUUCCCUCCUCACCAUCCCCUCAUCGCUGUCGACUACCAACUCACUGGACAACCAGUGCUCAUUGGCGGCACCAUGGGCACCUGUAGUUACGUUCUUACCGGCACUGAACAGGGCAUGACUGAGACCUUUGGAACAACUUGUCAUGGAGCGGGCCGGGCAUUGUCCCGGGCAAAGUCUCGUCGUAAUUUAGAUUUCCAGGAUGUCUUGGACAAACUGGCAGAUAUGGGAAUCGCAAUCCGUGUUGCAUCACCCAAACUGGUUAUGGAAGAGGCCCCCGAGUCGUAUAAGAACGUGACAGACGUGGUGAACACCUGCCACGAUGCUGGAAUCAGCAAGAAGGCCAUUAAGCUGAGACCUAUUGCCGUCAUCAAAGGAUAGAAUGCUGACCGCAGCCGCCAGCGCCACUGCCCCUCAUGGGAUGGAGGUGGACGGAAACGCUCCUCAGACAUCAGACUCCAGACCCGCAGGCUCCCAAGUGCACAUCUACAACCGCCCGUUCCCAAGGCAUUGGCAGGCGGCUGCUGCUCUCGGGAGCCAGGCCUGUAACAUUACCUUCCGGGAGGAGUCCCACUGUCCUCCCUGAUUGUCCCCCAGGUUUUCGUGUUGGGGGUGGGUAUAGAUCAAGAUGCUGCCUCACUCAGUCAUAGAAGUGUGUAGCCAGCAGAACGAAGUUCGUGACAGCAAGCCCUGUUUAUAUUCUGAGUCAUGGAGAGCGUUCUAGUAAAUAAGGUUUUCAAAUGUUUCCUUUCCCUCCUCCUUUUGUCAGUUUGUUCAUUCACCCACCCAUCCAUCCCCUUCCCCUGAACCCAGCAAAACCCCGACCACCACUCUCACUUGGAAAACACCCACGGCGUCCUUUCCAGAUGGGAGAUGAAUGGAUAGUGGGACACGUUGAGGAGGGAACAUGUACGGAGGUGUAGGAAUAGGGGCUCAGAUUAAUUUUCCAUAGACUGACUUCUUUGCUCAUCCUGGAUAUGAGGCAGAGUCCUGCCGUACCUGCACAAGUCGCCUGUGGGGAGCUGUCAUUAAGUAGGCCUGGUCUGGUAAACUGUUCCGGGGUGAGGUCUUGCAUAGCAGCGGCGGCAAACCUGCACAGAAUGCUGAGUAUCUUUAUAUUUGUGGUUGAAUUAUUAUAAAAGCCUUACGUGACUGAGGUGUUAGUGGUGGUUCUGUUGGACAGGUUGACUGGUGCCGUCUAAUCAGAUUUUGUGUUCUGUACUGUGACAUCUGAAGAUGUGGAAGGGACAGGUUACUAAGGCCUUUGUUGAGUCCAAACAGCCAGUAAAAUAGAAAAAUCUAAUAAAGUUGCAAUAUGUUGUUUUA